AUGAAUUAAAGUAAUAUCAGCAAUAAUUAGAGAAGAAUAACAUUUAGUUCUCACUUACCAUAAGUUAAAAACGAUGCAAAUCUAAGCGAACCUGAGGAAAAAUUUACAGAAUUAGAAGAAAAGUUUAUUUAAGUCAUAAAGGAAAAAUUCGCAAAGAUGAAAAAAGAAAAAAAAGAACAAAAGGAUUUAAUGAUAUAGGGAAGAUUUUAAAUAUUUUUAAAAAGUAAAGACUUUUUAAGGUUGAUAGUUUCAAUAUAUGACUACUGUACUGAUUUGAAUAAAAUAGAAAAAAAACAUAGUAUUUUAGAGGAGGAAGCAAAAGAUAGGAUUAACGCUCCACCUUAACUGUUAGCUUCAGAAAUAUAAAGAAUUACAGCAAAAGCAAAAGAAUGUAGCAUAGCAUACAGUCUUGUCAUACUUCAUUGGGGAAAUCUUAGGGAUCGCAAUAAAGAUUAAAAUUUUUUUGAUAGUAUGAUAUAUAUUCUAGAGAGAAUUAUGGAAGAGUUUUUUGAUAGACAUGAUUAUAAGAAAGUUAAAGAAGAAAUUAAUAGAUUAUUUAGGACGAAUACUUUUAACAUGCAAAAAAGAAGACAUAUUGUAGAUGAAUAUAUUAAAAAAUUUCCUUAAAUGAAUGAUGCAGGAGAUCUAAAAAAAGAAAACCCUGAAAAAAUAAUAUAAAAGGUUGAAUAAAGAUUUAAUGUUCCAAAUUUAAAUAUAAAGUUAUAAAUGAAUGCUGAAAAGUCAGAAAUCAAGCCAAUGUUUAUUAAAAAUACUCCUUGUGGUUCAUAUAAUGCUAGAUCACCAUUAGUAGCUCUACUGUAUCCAUCAACAAAAGAAAAAAUGCAUAUAUAUGAUAAAGAUAGAAAGAAGAGAUAAAGUUCAAUAGGAGGUAGUAGAAUUUUAAAUGAGAAUGAGGUUUCUUUCAUGAUAAGACAUGACAGAUAUAAAUAAUAAAAUUUAUAAAAAGCUUAAAGGGGAAACUCGUUGUUAUCAAUGUCAUUUUUAUGA